CACUCGCCUGCUGGCCAGCGAUCGCUGGGGCGCAAAGUCCCCCCAACCGGCACCCAUAGCCACGGUAUGUAUCGGCCAGGGACUGGGCAACAAGCACGGUCUCGGCCAUGUGUCCACCCAAGUGCCGAUCCAUGCACACACCCAGCGUCCGCCACAUCGGCUGGCCCCCAUGUGGAAGGCCGAGUCCCAGUACGCAUGCAGCUGGCAGGAAGGAAAAGAGCGCGAGGAGGACCCGUGCUGGCCGCCGGUGGGCAAUCAGAACUGCCAUCUUGAGCUUCAGGCGACAGGAGCCGCCCCCGUCCCAGGUGCACGCCGGCCGUCGUGUCGCCUGUGAUCCGGCCCUGACCGGCAUGCCGGGCGUCUGUUCAUCCCCAAACCACGGGCCUUGCCCUCAACCGCAAUGCCCGCCGGGCGUGCCAGCGAGCCGGGCCCCGACACCGGGAUAGAACAAUGCAGAUGCCGCGGUGUAGAGCAA